UUGUCGGGGUCGUGUUGGAUCCAAAGCGUCUCUCGGUUCUUCGCUGCGUCGGAGAAAUACGAUGCGGAGCAGCGGCGGAACCGGGGCACGUGAUCCGGAUCAGUCCAGGACCAGCUCAGCUGAACAUUCAGGCCCGGCUCGGCUCGGCUCGCGGACGGAAUGACCGCAGCAGCAGCUGCAGCAGCGCCGGCGGAGGAGAGAGACUCGAGCCGCUGAGAGGAGCAGUUAGCAGCGCAGUUAGCAGCGCAGAUAGCAGCGCAGAUAGCAGCGCAGCUAACGACGCGAUGGCCGCGGACGGAAGCGGAACAAUCCGCAGUCGAAUCAAGAACCUGCUGCGAUCCCCGUCAAUCAAACUGAGGAGGCGGGGCCACACUGCCCGACAGAAAGAGGACAUCAGCGACAAGGUGACCUUGGAGAAGGUUCUGGGAAUCACAGCUCCAGGGAACCGAGCGCUGGCCUGCGACCCCAGAACUGGACUGUUGGCUUAUCCUGCAGGGUGUGUUGUUGUCCUGCUGAAUCCUCGGAAGAACAAACAGCAUCACAUCUUCAACAGCUCCAGGAAGGCGAUCACCACGUUAGCGUUCUCUCCAGAUGGCCGGUUCGUGGUUACAGGAGAGAGUGGCCACGUGCCGGCGGUCCGGGUGUGGGAGGUGGCCGAGCGGCUCCAGGUCGCCGAGCUGCAGGAACAUAAAUAUGGAAUCUCCUGCGUCACGUUUUCUCCAAAUGGAAAAUACAUCGUUAGUGUCGGGUAUCAACACGACAUGAUGGUGAACGUGUGGAACUGGAAGAAAAACAUCGUUGUUGCAGCCAAUAAAGUUUCCAGUAAAGUGACGGCUGUGUCCUUCUCAGACGACAGCUCCUAUUUUGUCACUGCUGGAAAUCGCCACGUGAAGUUCUGGUACCUGGAUCAUGCCAAGACCUCCAAGGUGAACGCCACCGUGCCUCUGCUGGGUCGCUCCGGGCUGCUGGGGGAGCUCAGGAACAACUUCUUCAGCGACGUGGCGUGUGGGCGUGGCCGACAGGCCUCCUCCACCUUCUGCAUCACCUCCUCCGGUCUGCUGUGUGAGUUCAACGACCGACGCCUCCUCGACAAGUGGGUGGAGCUGCGGACGUCUCAGGCCACCUGUCUGUCUGUUACAGACGAGUUGAUAUUCUGUGGUUGUUCUGAUGGAGCGGUCCGAGCUUUCAGCCCCGUCAACCUGCACUUCAUCUGCACGCUGCCCCGCCCCCACCCACUGGGAGCGGACAUCGCCAGUAUGGUUGACGCCAGUCAGCUGUUCUCCUGCAGGCCGGAGGCUCGAUACCCGGACACGGUGGCGGUGACCUAUGACCCCACCAACCGCUGGUUGUCCUGUGUCUACAACGACCACAGCGUUUACGUUUGGGACGUCCGAGACGUCAGGGACCCGCGCAGGGCGGGAAAACUCUACUCCGCCCUCUACCACUCGUCCUGUGUGUGGAGUGUGGAGGUGUCUCCAGAGGGAGGAGGGGGAAGAGAGGGGUGUCUCCCCCCCAGCUCCUUCCUGUCCUGCUCCUCAGACAACACCAUCCGACUGUGGAACCUCGAUGGACACACGUCCCUCAACAGGAACAUCCUGAGCCACGACCUGCAGAAGGUCAUUUACGUGGACGAUCAGCGAUCUAGCCUGCUGGACACGGAGGGUCUCGCUGGUACCGGGGGCAGCACGGAGAAGGGGGGGUCCUCGGGCUCCGAGGGGCCGCAGACAGGCCAGAGCAGGACCGGCAUCAGGUCCCUGGCUGUCAGUCCUGAUGGACAACAUCUGGCUUCUGGAGACCGCAUGGGGGUCCUAAGGAUCCAUGACCUGCACAGCAUGGAGGAGAUCAUGAACGUUCAGGCUCACGACUCCGAGAUUCUGUGCCUCGAGUUCUCCAAACCAGAAACUGGUCUCCAGUUAUUAGCCACAGCAGGUCGGGACCGUCUCAUCCAUGUCCUGGAUGUGGACAGAGACUACAGUCUGGUCCAGACUCUGGACGAACACUCGUCCUCCAUAACAGCUGUUAGAUUCACCGCCAAUGACGGUAAAGUGAGGAUGAUCAGCUGCGGAGCUGACAAGAGCGUCUACUUCCGCACAGCUCAGGAGGUGGAGAAGGGGCUGGAGUUCACUCGGACUCAUCACGUGGUCAGGAAGGUGACUCUGUACGACAUGGACAUCGAGCCGACCAGGAAGUACGCAGCAGUGGGCUGUCAGGACCGCAGCAUCAGGAUCUUUAACAUCAGUAAUGGGAAACAGAAGAAGAUGUAUAAAGGCUCCCAAGGCGAGGACGGGACGCUCAUCAAGGUGCAGAUCGACCCGUCAGGCCUCUACAUCGCCACCUCCUGUUCAGACAAGAACAUCAGCAUCUUUGACUUCUACUCUGGAGAGUGCGUGGCCACCAUGUUCGGACACUCGGAGAUCGUAACAGGUUUGAAGUUCAGUCGAGACUGUAGACACCUGAUCACUGUCUCUGGAGACAGCUGUGUGUUCGUGUGGCGUCUCAGUCCAGAGUUGAGCAUCAGGAUGAGGCAGCGACUCGCUGACCUUCGACCUCCCAGCAACAACCUCAACUCCCAGAAUCCCCAGCAGAGAGCAGAGAGGCACAGAAUCAGCAGGGAGGCGUCGUCUCCUCGUGUGGUCAACAUGUCGUCUGACAGCGACAAGGAGGAGGAGGAGGAGCUAAGCUGCCCUGAUGAGGUCACAGCAGGGAGCACGCAGCCGACAGACGUGAACGAUGAGACCUUCUGCUCCGAGGUCACGAAGGAGGCGCCGGGCAGUCGCCUCCCCCGCCGCCGCUGGUCCAGGAGGACGGGCAGCGGGGACAGUGUCCUGAUGGUGUCCUCCAUGCUGGACCUGAGACAGCUGGACUCGUUCUGUGCUGACCAACAGGUGGAGCAGGCGGAGACGAAGACCUGCCCCCUUGGCGUUAGCUCCUCCCCCUGCAGUCAGCAGAAGGGUUGUCAGGGUGUGGAGGCGGGGCCUCGGAGGGCCAAUCAGGAGCUGGGGAGCACCAUGAGUCUGCAGGUCACCACUGCACAGGUGGAAGACGACGAGCUGAGGACCAAUCAGAGGCCUGAUUUCAUCCUGCUGUCCAAUCACAAACAAGACAGGGAAAAUCCAGUGUUGUAUCCUGACCAAUGGGAGGACAGAGUUAGCCUGGCAGGCAGUGAGUUCCAGGUGAAGGAGGCGUGUCCUGAUGCCGCGGACGGACGCCGGGACAAACCGAGUCCGGACAGCGGCUGCUCGCCCGGAUCCAGAGCGUCCAGUCCAGAGCGAGCGGCAGGAGACGCCACUGAGCGUCUCAGUGUGGACGGACAUUCCUCCGAGCUGGAGGUGGAGGAGAUGGAGGAGGAGGUAGAUGGAGGGGGUGGAGUCUCUCAGCAGGUUCCUCAGACUCCAGACCAGGAAGCUUUCCUGAAGGAGCAUUUUGUCACACUGUCCCACCUCUCAGGAAGUCCGAGCAGAGCGUCUCACAGCUCCAGUGAGAGUCUCAGCAUGUCCUCCAGGUUCCUCACCCAGAAUGCAGCUGGAAGUCGGGCUGUGUUUCCUCUCCCGUCUCGGACCGGCGGGGGAGGAGGGGGAGGAGGAGGAGGAGGAGGAGGAGGAGGAGCUGGGGAGGUGAAGGGCCGUCCUCUGGUCUCUGAAGUCCGGCCCCUGAUGGAUCCGUGUCAGAACAGGAUCCAGGACAAGAAGGUAUCGGGGAACCGGGAUCAAACCCAGAAAGAAAGCCAGGACCAGACUUCAACACCUCAGGACCAUGUCCAGUCUCAGAACCAGAUCCACCAGAGACCAGAUCAGCCCCAAAACCAGGUUCAGGAGGAAGAGGAGGUGCAAGCGCCUCUGAGGAACAAGGAUCAGACUGAGACCAGGAGGAACCUGGACCCGACGGCCCGGACCAGUGCCUCACAUCUGACCUGGACGACUGGUCUCCGGAAAGUCCAGUCAGUCAACAGCCUGCUGAGCGACACAGGUGAUACCUCUCGUCCUUCUGAAGACGCCCCCCCUCGGCUGUCCCCCCCCCCUCAGCGUCCCACCACCCUUCCCUCCACCCCCAGACGUCCCCCUUCACCGUCACCCCUCCCCCAGCAGAGACCCAGCCCCUCCUCCCCCAUCGCUCUGUCUGCUGCCCCCCCAGGCAGGAAGUCGUCCUCGUCCUCGUCCUCAGCUCCGUCAGCUCCUCGCUCCUACAUGAGUCCCACCACCAGCUCCAUGGCCAAGAUGUCCCGCUCCGUCUCUGUGGGGGACGGCCUCAACGUCUCCGAGCCCAGCGAGGACCACGUCCUCACGCCGUCCUCUCAGGUUAGAGAGACUACGCCUACUCUGGUUGCUGUGGUGUCCUCCACCGCUGCACCAUCUGCCCCCCCCCACGCAGCAGUCGUCCCCGUCGUGGCCCCCCCCUCCUCCUCUGUUGGUAACCAUGGUAGCCAGGCAGCGGCGCCCCCCCGAGGUCUCCAGGCUCGAGUCCCCGGCAGCAGCAGGCCCCUCCCCGACAAACCGUCCCUCGCCUCCUUCUCGCCAUCAGCCAGGUCGGCCGCCGCCCCCCCGUCCUCCACCUGCUGGCCUCCCCCGCUGUCUGUCUCCCCCCUGUCCUCCUUGUGGCAGGGGGUGGAGCCUCCUGCAGGAAGGGACGAUCCAGACCAGCCAAUCAGUGUGGAGACCUGCAGGACGCUGACCAAUGAGCUGCAGAGCUGUUUCCAGAGAGCCACUCACCUGUACAGGAAGCUGAGCGGGUCCUCCGCUGAUGACUCCGCCCCCGACCAGCAUCAGAUGGCCGGCCUCCUAUCAGAGGCCUUCCAGGCCAUGAGGGCGGAGCUCGACUCCCUCCCGCUCGGUGGGCCAGGCGCUCUGGGAGUAGAGGGGGGGCUGGGUGGAGUAGGGGAGGUGAAGACAGCCGCUCUGCUGGAGGAAUACUCUCUGCUGCUGCUGCAGGCCGUACACAGGAGGAUCAACAGCGCCCCCUGCUGAGCCUCCCCCUUGUCCUCUCCUCAUUUGUCUCAGAGACUGGACGUGGACGUCUGUCCCGUCUGAAGCGUCCAGUUGAUCAUCGUUGUAGAGAAGAACUUCAGUCAUUUUCUUUGUGGUCACACAGACUUCCUGUUCUGAUCGGCACUUCUACGGUUUCACUUCCUUUGUGUUGGUUUUAAAUCCGGAAACAUUCCGACGCGUCUCUCGAUGGUUUAAUGAGCUUGAAGCCGAUUGGUCGAGACAAAGCUCUAGUUACUCAGUCAUGCAGGAGGUGGAGACGAUAUUCACAUGAAAUGUGUUUUUAUUGUGUUGAACAAAGAUCAGAUACAAAGUUUCAAACCUUCAGUGUUUUUAUAACUUCACUUUAUAUUGAAAAGUGUUUUAUUAUUAUUAUUAUUAUUAUUAUUAUUAUUAUUAUGAUGGUGACUCGGCACCUUGAUGUUGUUUCUAUGGUUUUAUUUCAGCAAAUGUUCUGAAUUCUUCCAAAACGUUUUAUUUUCAUGUUGUUUCGAUUGAAACAGGAAUUAAAUGCACAGUGUUCACUAACA